AGUUCCGCGUGUCCGGAACUGUUGUCAUAGAAGGCUUGUGUGUGAGAUAUGAUGGAAAAUCGAGGGAUUUUGUCUAUAAUAUUUGAUCUGGAUAACACACUGAUCGAUACUGCCGGCGCAGGACAAGUGGCCAUUCAGAAGGUGUGUGAGCUGCUGAAGUCUACACCUGUGCAGGAAAGCCACAUCACAAACAUCUGUGAGCUUUUCCUACAAAAGCUUCUCCAUGAAACAUUCGACCCAGCAGAAGGCAGAACGAUCGAUGAAGUGAGGAUCCGUCACUGGUCUGAAGCCCUACAUGAGAAUCUGGGCACAGAUCCUGAUCCAGCCCUGGCCUCCAGCUGUUACUACACUUGGAAGAACACACGUCUACAGGCGCUUACGCUGUCUCCUGACAUUCGAUCUCUGCUGGAGGAACUUCAGAAAAACUACAAACUGCUGCUGCUCACCAACGGCGAUUCUCAGACCCAGUGGGAGAAGAUAGAGGCGGUGAGAUGUAAGGGUCUCUUUAGUGCAGUGGUGGUGGGUGGAGAUCACCCUGAGCAAAAACCGGGGCUCUCCAUAUUCGCUCACUGUUUUGAGUCACAGGGCAUCCAGCCGCAGGACUGCAUCAUGGUGGGCGAUUCUCUCAGUACAGAUAUCCAAGGGGGCAUUAAUGCAGGAGUGAAGGCAACAGUGUGGAUCAACAGUGACGGUAAAUCUCUCCCACAAGGCUCUGUGACCCCAGACUACACGUUAGCCAGUGUACUUCAUCUGACUGAUGUUCUAGCUCAGCUCACUUGAUAUCUGCUUAUGAGGACAUAAAGGUGUGCCAAGUAAUUUUUUCCACUUAAAGGCAAAGUAAUGUGUGCAAUUUAAUUUAAUUUAAAAAACAAUGACAUUGUAAAAAUUUCAAACACUCCUCUCGUCUGCCAUUGGUUUACAAUUUUUGGGGAAAUCAACCUCUGAAUGGCUUGCUUGCUUUUGCAUAUUAAGCUGGCAUAGGAGAAAAAAAAAGUGUUUUACCAUCGAAAAUAUUAUACUCAUUACCUUUCUGAUUCGUCACACUCUGUAAGCCCAAGACUACUGUUGUAUUGGCGCACUCAGUAAUUUUUUCCCCAUUUAAAAUGUUUUGCUGCUAAAGAAAUUAAUUGUAAUUUUGAAACAUAAGUAUAAAAUCAUGACCACUCACAUGAGAUGAGGACUUCAGUCAUAUCAGUAGCCUUAUAAAAGCUGUUUUAUUUUACAUGGGGCAGGGGUGCCCUCAUUUUAGAAUCGCAUGACCAGCUGAAUACUGCUUAAUCUCAGUAAACAUCUUGUUAAUGGACACUUUCACUCUUGGGUUAAAUUGCUCAUGGCUGAUUGUGAAUAUGACACAAACAAAAAGUUACUGAGUGCACCUAUAAAGUGAAUGAAUUUUCAGGGGGUUUUUUUUCUCACACUUUAUGAUUAUGGAAAUUGUACAGUGAAAUGUCACAGAUCUUUACAUAAUAUUUUCACAUAUUGCUUAAUUCUGUUUUACCAGUGAAUAUUAUGGUGAAUUAAAUACAUUUGAUACAUGAUAAUACAUGUUUAAUAUUCAUUUAUUUCUAUAUCAAAAUCUGGAUGGUUAUUAAGUUCUCACUACCAUAAACUUGUGUUGUGAUCAGAUUUUUCUACAGACCAAUACAAAUCUACCUGCCAUCUUUUGGUGUAAGAAAUAUGUAUAUUUAUGUGCUAACAAUAAUAGUUUCAUAAAGGUCCGAAUGGUACUUAAAAAAACAACUAGAUUUUAAAUAAGAACACACUUCAAAGUAAUAAUAUAAUUGCUUUAAUAUUUUAUAGUACUGAAUAUAAAAAUGUACAUUCAAAAGGCAGCAGAAGAAAAGUUCUGGACAUCCAAACAGAAAAUCACUUUUAUACCUCUAAUUUUUGUUGUCAAUUUCUUACAAAUGUAUGCACUUGUACAGUCUUCUCAGGCAGAUAAAGAACUUUACUGAAAAUACAGAAUGUGUCAUUACUCCGUCUUGUUUGUGUUUGAAGAAAUUUAGAGCAUUACAAUUGCCCUCUGUCUCUCCUGCUGAAUGACACAAAGUUUAAACAGUCCAAUUGAUAAAACUUUCCACAGAUUGCACUGUUUUGUAAGUUAUUUUGGAUAAAUGCAUCCGCUAAAUUUAACAGUUUAAAACUAUUACUCGAUUCCAGACAUAGUAUGUCGGAAGGGUGAGACAUGUGAACACUUGGAGAGAAAAAACAAACGAAAGACUUCUCAUUAUACAUUGAGGCACGUAAUUUACCAUGUAGGCAAAGCAACUGAACAGUCAAAUCAUUUUACUUAACAUCUAAUUUUAUUUUAAUGUUCAUGGCCGCAAGCUCUGCUACAAAGUAUCGGAACACAUACGGAACAGACAUUCUCAAUAGAAUCACUCAUUGCAGAACAAGCAGACAGUCUUCCGAUGCUGUGUAGCUGACCAAUCAGGAGGCGGAUUUUCGAGAAGCGGAGAGAGCAGGCUGCUACAGUCGAUGCAAACCUGAGCCACGGAACUGUCCAAGCAGUUAAACAGCUAAUCGUGAACAGGAAAGACGUCCCGUGAGCCAGCAAAGCGUCGCGUUCCAUCUCUCCAAACCGGAUUCCUCCCUACACGUUGCUGCCUCCCAAAGGCUGAUUGGUCACUUUAUCUCUCGCUCCUGUAGUUUACACUUGGAACUUGUCGGAGACCAUAUGACGCAAGCGCUGGUAGUAAACCACCCCGAUGAAGAUGUCCGCUUCCGACUCCAAGCCGCUGACACCGUAGUUGUACCCCGCGGCUUUCAGCAUCUCACCGAAGUACUCAAACGCAGAGCUCUCCUCGGAGAAGUUGAAGGGUGUGGCGUCAUGGCACAGCCCGUGGAGGGCUGCCGAUUUGCCAGCCAGGAUCUCGAUCAGCAUUCCGAUGGUCAUUCUAGAGGGGAAUCCGUGGGGGUUGAACAGGAUGUCAGGGUGCAUACCGCUCUCAGUGAAGGGCAUGUCUCGGCGGGCCACAGGCGACUCAGAAAUCCCUUCUGACCGUGUCGGCUGGCGAACCUAUCGCCAAUGGCGGGGUUCCUGGGAACGCGGUUUGUGAUGCACACACGUUUGAAGCGGCCGUUCCAGUGUUAUUGCUGCACACCUUAAUG